AUGAAAAGGUACUUUUUUUGCAACCUCUCAUCGGCGUUCAUGAAUGAAGUUAUGAAGCCAUGGAAGGCGGAAAACACAAAAACUUCUGCUGCUUUUAGUUGUUUACACGCACCUGAAGUUUUGUUGUUUUACAUUGUUUAUACGCCUCUGCCUAAUUGUUUAUUUGUCGUGGUUAACUUUUACGACUGCCAUUCUUCCUGUUUGUUUUUGCUUGUUAUUUAG